UGUAGAAAUAAAAAUAUGUUUCGUUCCGGAAUUCCGCUCAUUUUACUUUUAAUCCUACUCGUCCAAGGAAAGUCCUUUUCAUCGGUCGUCAGUGCAACCAGUGGCGAAACCCAUAAACUGAAAUUUCAUCUUCGGUCAGAGCGUAGCAUAGUCUCCAAGGAGCAAUUACUUCAGACGCGGAACUUUUUCCAGCUAUUCAACAUACCCUAUAUCAUCUGCUUCUUUGCGGCCACAGGCAAAUGGCCAUUCAUUCCGCCCUUACUUCAAGUCAAAGUCAAUCAGGUCAGCCGUUCGCUAUUUAUUCAAAACGAUGAAUAUAUAAAGAAUUAUUGCCAGGAAUGGAUUACAAUCGUUCAGUGCCACAGGCCAUUCCCCACAACUGAGGCACCAACGUCAACCAUGUCUACUACAACUAUGGAAGCAACUGAACCAGAACCGGAGGAAACGACAACUGAAUGCGUUUGCGGAAGACGAAGUAUUGCUCGAGUUCCUAACAAUGAAAUCGUCUUCCUUGAUAGAACGUUCGUGGGAAAUGUAAGUGUCGAGACAAUUCAAGCAACUAUUCAGUUCCUCAGGAGCUUGCUGCCAUUGAAGAGGAAGAAGCGACCAAGCAACAAAAACAGGGGCUAGACUACAAUAGCUGCAAGAUGAUAACAAGAUUGAGCGAGGACUCAGCAAAUAUUUAGAUGUUAGAAUUUUCACCAGAUAACCAAGUUUUCUAAAAAUAACAGCUUUUAAAUUUUCACUUUUAUGAUGUAUAUGCAUAUG